AUGUUACAAGCUGCAAUGGAACCAUCCCCUCCAACACUGUUACAACUCAGUCACGAAUUCCAGGCUUUUAAGGAACUAGUGAGUAAUAUGCUAAGCUUGUUACAAAAGCAGGUUACAAAAUGUGUCAAUUCUAUCGACGAAAUGGACAUGAGGCAACGGCGAAAGGUGUUAUUGUUUAAUGGUAUUGCAGAGACCCCUGAAGUUAAUUUAGAAAAUGAAGUUCUUGGCCUUAUUCAAAACAAAAUGGGACUCUCAAAUGUUGACCGGUCUUCAUUAAAAAGGUGUCAUCGGCUAGGCUCUCAUAAUAAUAAUAACAAAGUUAGGCCAGUUCUUGUCCAUUUCCAUGAAUAUCAAGUCAAGUCUGAUGUCUGGAGGUCCAAAUCCAAGUUAAAAGAGAGUUUAUUAGAAGAAGCAUAUUCCAUAGAUAUGUAUGAUAGUCGUCGUCAAGCUUGUGAAAUUCGUAGAUUUCAAGUAGUUAACAGUCACAAAGACUUUGUUGAAAAUUAUCGAUUGUCUGAAGCGUUGAUAGAUAAUGUGUUACAAGACAUCAUACAUCUUAUGAAAAAUCCUCGCCGGCGAUGUCGCGGGUUGUCUAUUAAAAUAAAGUUAUUAUGUGCCCUUUCAUUCUUGGCUAGCGGAAGCUAUCAGAGAAUUUGUGGAAAGAAUGUGAACACUUAUGUAUCACAACCAUCUGUCUCCCGAUGUGUUCGCGAGGUAGUUGAUGCCCUAAAUCACCCUAGUGUUGUAAGGAAAUAUUUACGGUUUCCACAGAAUUCCAUGGAGAGGCUCAAACUAAAGGAAAGAUUCUUCGAGAAAUACAAAAUUCCUGGGGUGAUAGGAUGUGUUGAUGGUACCUAUGUCACCAUGGUUAGGCCACCAGAAAAUGAAGAGCGAUAUUACUGCCGUAAAGGAAAUCAUGCAAGAAAUAUUCAAUUGAUUACUGAUGCGGACUUAAAUAUAUUGCAUGUUGAUGCUGUCUAUGGGGGAGCAACACGUGAUAGCUUCAUUUUUAAUCAUAGCAUCAUACGGAACCAUCUUGAGCACUUAGUGAAUGCUUGUGAAACUGUACAUUUGCUAGGAGAUUCCGGGUAUGCACAACGAGCAUACUUGAUGGUACCGGUGCCUAAUGUAGAAGAAGGUACACCUGCUGCACACUACAACAAACUCCAUGCCACAGCGCGUAAUACCGUGGAGAGAGCUAUAGGCAGGCUAAAAGGGAGGUUUAGAUGA